AUGCGCAUCGUACCUCAUCAUCAAGGUACGGGUGGAUUUUUUGUGGCUUUGAUAAAGAAGGUCAACGAAGGCAGCUUCACUAACAUCGUGCCCGUUGGAGCCCCUGCAUACAAAAAGCAGAAGAUGUUCAAGGACGAGCUUUUCACCUUUUUGAAGAAGGAUGAUGAGCGAUGGUCGGACAUCAAAACUCACUAUGCUAUUCGAGAUGAUUUUGAAUACGAAAAUCUGUUCGGUCGUUUAGCAGAAAACGAUAUGAAGUGUCGGCAAUUAUUCUACGCCAACGCAGCUGUUAAAGAUUUUGUGGUCUACCACGAACUCAUCAUGACAGCGAAUGAAUGCAUGCAAUGUGUUAAUGCUGUCGACGCAGUUUGGUUGGCAGAACUUGGCCCUAUGUUCAGUUCAGUAAAGGUCAUGUUGUAUAUCUGUUUCCUAAAACGUCAGCGCUGA